UUUUGCCCCACUGGCAACAAUUGUUGCCAAAGUUUAUCACUGUCAUUUUCGACUCACAAUAAAAAAUCUCAAAGGUACUAAUGCAACUUUUUCCACUUAUAUGCUAGUAGACAACUUAGACAAAGGUUUUGAUUUUUAAAAAAUCGUUUCCAAGUGCUUCCUAUCGCAUGACAUCAUCUGCUUCCCGCUCUUUCUGGCUGAAGACAUGGCGGAUGCAAAUCAUCCUGGAAAGAGGUACACCGUAGCAGAGAUCCUGGCCAUGCUGCAGGACUCUGAAACUGUGGCGGACAUCACAGUUGUGCCUGAGUCAGAAAUGCACGCACAUGACACAGACUGUGACAGUGACCAAUCUGAUGAUGAGGCCACUGGUGACCAUAACCGCCUCCCAUCAAGAAUACUCAAAGGUGAAGGCUUUCUACCUAAUUCGGACAUGCAGCUGCCAAAUCCCCCCGAUGAUGAUCCUGGGUGCUCAUCCUCAGUGAGUCAGACAGAGACUAGAAAGGUCAGUGGCACAAAUGAAAAUGUGACCAGUCAGAUUGCUGGGCCCAUGCUCCACAAAACUAAGAACCAAGACAGGAAAUUCAAAAAAAUCAAAAUUGCGGCCAAAGCUGGCCUUGGCCUUGGCCUUGGCCUGGCAGAGAAAGCUGAAGUGCCACCUGGAGUCAAGUUUUACCACGACAACCUCUUCACAACCCUGUCCCUGGUGGAUGAGAUGACCCUGAGAGGCUAUGGCAGCUGUGGCACGAUGCGACAAACUCAGCUCCAUAACGUUCCCUUCACAGCACCCCAGACCUUCAAGAAGACACCCAGAGGAGAUGCUGAGUAUCUGGUUGAGGCAGAGAAGCUGAUUGUAAGGUGGAAUGACAACAGCGUGGUCACCGUGGUGUCGAACAUGGAGAGGGAGUUCACCGAAACUGAGGCGAAGAGAUGGAAUAAACAGAAGCGGACUAUGGACAAGGUCAGACAGCCCAAGUGUAUCCAGGACUACAACACACACAUGGGAGGAGUGGACCUGCAUGACCAGUUUGUCAGCCGCUACAGAGUCAACAUCCGGUCCAAGAAGUGGUGGUGGCCAUGCUUCAGCUGGGCCCUGAACAGUGCCAUGGUGAACAGCUGGUGCUAUUACAGGUCCUGGAAAAGCGGGGAGAAGGAUCUCCUCUCCUUCCAGAGGCUGGUAGCCCAGACCCUCCUCCUGCGCCAUGGAACAAAGCCAAGUAGGCAGGGCAGAAGAUCUUCAAUGGCGGUGGCGAUAACUGAUGCCACCAGGUUUGAUAAUUUGAACCACUGGCCCUGCAACACUGGUAGCAGGUACAAGCGAUGCAAGAACUGCGGCGGACGCACAUCAUUUGCGUGUGGAAAGUGUGAUGUGCCACUACAUGUGGAGUGCUUCAAGAAGUACCACACUGAGUAGAACAUGCAUGAAAGAUGAUGGAAUGUAUGGGAAGAAAUAUGUUAUAUAUGUAUAUAUGUUUUUAGAGGU